UUCAACUGAAAAUGAGCGGCAGAGGCAAAACCGGCGGUAAGGCCCGAGCAAAGGCUAAGACUCGCUCCUCCAGGGCGGGACUGCAGUUCCCCGUCGGCCGUGUCCACAGGCUCCUCCGCAAGGGAAACUACGGCGAGCGCGUCGGUGCCGGAGCUCCUGUUUAUCUGGCGGCGGUACUCGAGUACCUCACCGCUGAGAUCCUGGAGCUGGCCGGAAACGCCGCUCGGGACAACAAGAAGACCCGCAUCAUCCCCCGUCACCUGCAGCUGGCGGUGCGUAAUGACGAGGAGCUCAACAAACUUCUGGGCGGAGUGACCAUCGCUCAGGGCGGCGUGCUGCCCAACAUCCAGGCCGUGCUGUUGCCCAAGAAGACUGAGAAACCCGCCAAAUCUAAGUAAAAGGAGGACAAACUCGGUUACUGAAACAAAGGCUCUUUUAAGAGCCACCUAUUUUAUCUGUUGACGAGCGCUUUUCUCUGUUAAUAUUUAUAAACAAUUUUGGUCAAGGAGGAAAAUAAUCCACCUACACAACAGAGUGUCUAUCUCCACCGUUGACAUUAGGUACAUGCUAUAAGAACAUGCUCACCUAAUGUAUGUUUACCACCCAAUUCAUUUCUUCUGAUAUUAAAAUUUAGUUGCCGUGCUUUGACUAUAUUGAAUAUUUUAAUAAAGGGUAAUAUACAUGUCGGCUUCAGGGAAAAAGGAUUUGAUCAAUGUGCCUUCUUCUAUUAGAUUUUUUUGGCAGUUGGCACACAACGAAAUGGUGUAUUACUGCCACCAACUGGUAUGGAGUGUGGAACUGAAUGCCUUUUAGGCAACUUGGAUCAUUUCCCUCCCUUUUCCCUCAUAUUUUUUACAGUGUAUCAUGACGUGUUC